GGAGCAAAACAAGUGUGUUUUACAUGAGCUGUGCUGCUUCAGUCGUCGUGGAAUCCAGUUUACCGAAAUGGCGGAGACAGCAGACAGAAUGGAGGUGUCCCAGGGAGAGAGUUCGGCAAAACCUGCAGCAGAAGACAUGACCUCCAAAGACUACUACUUUGAUUCCUAUGCACACUUUGGUAUUCAUGAGGUACAGUCUUACUGGUCCAUGUUUCAUGAACACCAUUUCAUUUAUUUUGUUUUGUUUGCAUUUUCAGGGUGGGAGAACGUUUAUGGCUUUGAUAUGUCCUGUAUCAAGGAAGUGGCCAUUAAGGAGCCACUAGUGGAUGUUGUUGACCCCAAACAGCUCGUUAGUACUGCCUGCCUCAUUAAGGAGGUGGACAUCUACACAGUGAAGAUUGAGGACCUGUCCUUCACGUCACCUUUCUGCCUGCAGGUGAAAAGGAAUGACUACAUUCAUGCGCUGGUAACCUACUUUAACAUAGAGUUCACUCGCUGCCACAAAAGGACAGGCUUCUCUACUAGCCCAGAGUCUCCUUACACUCAUUGGAAGCAGACUGUGUUCUACCUUGAUGACUAUCUGACGGUUAAGACUGGAGAGGAGAUCUUUGGCACCAUCAGCAUGAAACCCAACGUCAAGAAUAAUAGAGACCUGGACUUUACUGUUGACCUCGACUUCAAGGGUCAGCUUUGUGAGGUGUCCAAGACUUCAGAGUACAGGAUGCGCUAGAUUUCUUUAGCAUCAGUGUAUGUGAGGCAACUCUGAGAGCAGUGCACACUUGUGUGUGUAAAACCAUGUACAUUGUUCCAUGACUGCAUGACAGACAUUUUUAGAGAUUCUGUUUUACAGAAUAUUGUCUGACAUGAAGGAUUUUGAAAGUUUAACUUUUUUUUUUCUUUUCUUUAAAAUGUGCCCAAGGGGACUAAAUAUGGUGUAUUUUUAUUGUGCUUUAUUCCAUCUUAUGUGCAAAAUUCCUUUUUGGCCCUGCUUUUUCCAAAUUUUAGGUGUACCAUCUUGGAUAAAAUCUCUAUGGCUUAUGCAUGUACAUGUGCAACUGCUCUCUUUUGCCUGUUUGUCUAUGACAACAUGUCAUCCAUGUAUAUUUUUUCCUCCUGCCAUGCCAACAUGUCUGUGUUGGUCACUGUAAAAAAAAAA